UGUCCACUACACGGUCUGUUACGAAAACUUUCUUUGCGCACUACGUUUUGCAUAAAGUACUUUUUAUUAAAUUUACUUGUCAUACUGUCAACAGACAGCAUUGUUUUUCUAAAUCGUUUUUAAUGCCAUAUUUUUGUUUUCUAAUAUCCCUCCCUAUUCACCCCAGUCUCUCAUCCCUGGCACGGCCAGCGAGUGCUUUUCGCUCAUUAUUUAUUUAGUGACGGAUUUCCCCGUGACUUGUAUUCCAGUAACGACGGGUGAAAUGUCAAGACAAGUCGCGAGGUGGGCUAUUUUAAAAAAUAAAGGAGAGUCAAAGAGAGCGCAUGACUGAAUGUGAAAUAGCUUUCAUAUAAUCAAAAGGAUACAUGCGAUAGAUACGAAUAGCAAGCGUUAAGGUUUAUGAAGGUAUCAAAGUACUAAGGUAUUGUGUUGCAUCUCUACUGUCAUUAGUAUUCAUAGUGUACAUGCUAUAGUAUACAUGGUAUUUUCUAUUCAUAUUACCUGUGGAAUGCAGUAAACAUUAUUUUGACAUUAUUUUAAGAUAAGCCGGGAUGGUUUUCCUUAGGGAAAAUGUAAAUAACUACGGUCAAAUUGCACAAUAUGAAUAAAAUGAACGGACAGACGGAUUUUAUGUGUGAACAGUCACGGCAUGGCUAGUGUUGUACCACUGUGACAAUCUUUGAUGGAGUUUUGUGCGUUAUAUUUCCAGCUAUGCUGACAUGAGAAAAAACGUCUUAUCUUAUUUACGACAGCGUCGUCAAGAUGGACUCUCGCGCGCUCCUCGUGUUCGCCGUGAUCUUCUGUCUCGGUUGCAAGGGCACCUUCUCGUGCCCAAAACGUUGCACCUGCCACUUCAGCAACAAAACCACGGAGGUGGUGUGCCCCGACGUCUCGCUCUCGCGUUACCCUAGUGACAGUCUCCCAGGUAGCGCCACCUCUCUGACCAUUCAGUUCACCAACCUGAGCAACGUCACCGCCCCUGACCUGAGGGCCACGCCCCUCCUGAAGGAGCUCCACCUACCAGGGAACAGACUGAGGAGCUUACCCGCAGACCUGCUUGCUGGCCUGACUCACCUGCACACCAUCGACCUCACAGGAAACCUUAUCCAGGAGCUCCCCCCUCACGUCUUUCAUCACGCUCCCCUGCUCAACCUGGUCCUUAAGGACAACCUGCUCACCAAUGUCAGUGCAGACUGGCUUCCCAGAAGCAGCAGCCUCACCUGGCUGGACCUGUCAGGGAACCAGCUGAAGGAAAGCCCCACUGGUCUGCUCCACAGGCUGACGCGCCUGGAGGUCUUGCACCUGUCACAGAACCACCUGCAGGAGCUGCCAGCCGAUAGCUUCCACUCUCUCUUUGCUUUGGAGAGACUUUACCUAGACGGGAACAAACUCCAAGCCUUGGAUUCCAAGGCCUUUAGUGGCAAUGCUAACCUCACUUACCUGUUCCUGCAGAAGAACCAGAUGGACACUCUCCCACCUGCAGUCUUCCAUGGGCUGGCCCGUCUGCACUACGUGGACCUGUCCAACAACAGGCUGCGCUUCCUGGCCCCUGGCACCCUGCCUGCAGGGAUCGGCUGGGUGGACCUGGAUGGAAACCCCUGGCACUGCAAUGCCAAGCUGGCACCUCUGUGGAUGUGGCUGAACAGCCAUAGCGGACGCUCCGAGCCCAAGUGCGCCUCACCGGAGGGGCUGAAAGGCCGAGUCAUAUCCAAGCUCACCAGCACGGAGCUGGGAUUGAGCCCGGCACACUGAGCGAAGAACAGAUGGAGAGGAGGAGGAGGAUGAAUGUGGGACAGGGAGAGGAGGAUGGAAGCAUCAGGAGCCUCGAGGAAAGCCGAUAGAUAAGAAUGUGUUUCAUGUUAUCGCAGAAUAUACAAUAAAACUGAUUCACUGAAGUUUCUUGAUCUGCCUUGAUACCCCCCCGAGCGUUUUGUGUCCGUUCUGAGUGAAGGGUGGAGUCAUGAUCUGACACGAGUGGGGUUCUUCAUCCCACACCCCCUUACACCCAGACUGAAAGGGAAGAGAAUCAUUUGACUGAGGUAUUAGAAACGGUUAUAUUCCUGUUUCUUUACCAGAUGUUACAUGGCUGAUACAUUGCAGUACAUUCAUGUCUCUGAGGAACUUGAGUAGCGUGUUAUUUCUCUCUGUAACUGUGAGUGUGUGGAGACAACAGCCUCAGAACGAGAGCCAGGCACUCACCCCACGCCCGCAGACCCGUCAUUUUCUCUUAGGCAUUUUAUUUGAAAUGUGAGUUACAGGGGAAACUGAGAAACAUCAUGUGGAGAUAUAAAAGUUGUUUUUUUGGGGUUUUUUUUUAACAAAACGGUCAAUAAAACGGACUGGCACAAGCAUGCACCUGCCUGUGUCAGCUCCAGGGAUCCCCUGAACACAGCUACCUCGCCUUAAUAAAUAAGCCUCCCAUCACACCAGAGGACGCAUUCGUAAAUAUCAAGGCGUUUAUAACAUACAUUUUGUUCCAAAAAGGCAAAUAUAAAUGUUAUUAAAGCAAUUACAAAACCAAAUAAUAUGUUAAUAACAAUAAUAACACUUUAGCCAAAAUGCCAGCAAGAAAUGCAGAGACCCCUGAAGCAAAUAUUGGCAAAAAAAAGAAGUUGGCACAAAAUAAAAUUCAGAAAAACACAUCAAAGCAAUCGCAUGAAUGAAUAAAUUAUAGGCACUCAUGUUGAAAACGCACUUCCGCAGUCUGACAUGGUCCUACGCCGACGUCAUCACCGUGCAUCGGACGUAGCAUCGUCAGUGGACUGCAGGCAAACGGCGCCGUCAUCUCGCCGUCUACUGCAUCCGUCACGCCAUCGCCGUAGUAACGGGGGGCGCCUGAGCUCUGUGGCUGACACGCCUCACUUCCCAUGCACCCCCCCCCCCAGUAAUAAGGCUCCCAUAACUGAAAGACUUUUCUUAAACUGACUGGUAUUGGGCUGGGAUUCAUAUCAAAUCCAUCAGGAACUAUCCCACAACCACGUGAAGAUGAUUUCUUACGAUGAGAUUUUCAUUAGACAUGUUCAGUUUUUGGUGUGUGUUUUUUUUAACUACCACACUACACAUCACAAGGUCAUCUUACGACUUCUCUC